AUGGCCGCCCGCAUCCUGCACCGGCUGCGGCACGCACUGGCGGGCGAGGGCGGCCGGGAGGAGCCGGCGGGCGGCGGCGGCGAGGCCGAGGACUGCCCAGAGAGCUCCGAGCUGGAGGACGACACCGAGGGGCUGUCGACGCGCCUCAGCGGCACCCUGAGCUUCACCAGCCACGAGGAGGAGGAGGAGGAGGAGGGGGACGGAGCUAGCGAAGAGCUGGAGGAGCCGCCGCAGGCGCCGGGGGCGGCAGCAGGCACGGAGGACGGAGGCAGGUGCUGGGGCGGUGACCUGCUGACCCGGCAGCUGCAGGAGCUGUGGCGGAGGUCGCGGGGCAGCCUGGCACCGCAGCGGCUGCUCUUCGAGGUCACCAGCGCCAGCGUGGUCAGCGAGCGCUCUUCCAAGUACGUGCUCUACACCAUCUACCUGAUCCGCUCUGGCCAGUUUGACAAGGCCCCUGCCACCAUCGCUCGGCGCUACUCAGACUUUGAGCAGCUGAACCGCCGCCUGCGCUGCCGCUUCAGCUGCGACAUGGCCAGCGUUGCCUUUCCCAGGAAGAGACUGCGCCGGAACUUCACUGCUGAGACCAUUGCCAAGCGGAGCCGAGCCUUCGAACAGUUCCUGUCCCAUCUGCACUCCAUUGAUGAGAUCCGCCGCUCUCCUGAGUUCCUUGAGUUCUUCUUCCUGCCGGACCUGCAGGCCGCACAGCGCCUGACCUGCACGGGCAUGUACCGCGAGGCUCUGGCCACCUGGGCCAAUGCCUACCGGCUGCAGGACCGGCUGGGGGUCUGCAACUCCGGCCGCUUCCUGCUGACACUGGCAGGGCUGGCCGUCUGCCACCAGGAGCUGGACCAGCUCAGUGAGGCCCAUGGCUGCUGCGAGCAGGCGCUGCAGCUGUUGGAGGCCCAAGGCAGCCACCCACUCCUGGGACCCUUCCUGCAGGCCCACGUCCACCUGGCCUGGAAGGUGGGCAAGGACAAGCGGCACUCGGAGGCUCGGCUGCAGGACCUGCGGGAAGCUGGGCUGCCCCUGCAGCAGCAGCCCUCCCUGAAGGAAUGCCUGAUCAAGGAGCCUCUGGAAUGAGCCACCUGUGCCCACAUGGUCGGGAGGGCAAGGGCUGUGGGAAGCUCAUGCCUGUGACAACUGGGAAUAGUGAGGGCAAUGCCAUGGGUAGUAAUGGGGCAGGGGAACAGCACCGUAGUCCCACAGGCACCACUCCCAUGCCUGGAGUUGCCUCCUGAAUGCACUUUUCUGUGGUUAGUCUGUCUUGCGGGGCUGGUGACUCAUGGGGGUCCACCACCCAUAUUGGUGCUUUGAGAAGCUGCUCCCCCUUUGCAGGGGAUCCUGGAGUGGCUGAGCCUUUAGCUGGGACGUACUGGCACCUUGCAAGGGAACGGGAAAGCUUCUGGCAGGGUCCAGGGCUCUUGCCGGGAACUUCCCAUGAAACUUACACAAUAGAAAGGACUUUAUUAAAUAAAGUAUUGGCAGGAAGAAGA